AUGCCUGGGACCGUGGCUGAGGGACCGUCGGUCUCUAUGUCCUUUGCCAACAAUUUCUGGGGCAAGGAUGAUGCUGGACUGCAACCUAUGCUUGACCGCAUGCACGCAUCAAAGGUUACAAGCGAUGAAUUGAAAGUUUUCUACAGCGUACGCGCUGCGAUUGAAGACGAAUACGCCCGAAAACUCCAGGCACUCUGCCGCAAAACCCUCGGCUCAGUCGAAUCAGGAUCCCUUCGCUCUUCGCUGGAUGUGGUCCGCGGGGAAACCGAGUCCAUCGCGAAGGCACACGCCGCGAUCGCGGGCCAGAUGAAGACUGAGCUUGAAGAGCCACUACAUGCGUUCUCGAAGGGUAUCAAAGAGAGGCGGAAAAUUAUCCAGGAUGGCAUUGAGCGUCUUCAUAAGAAUAAGAUGCAACAAACGCAACUGGUCAACAAGACUCGCGAUCGCUUCGAGCAAGACUGCCUACGGAUUAAGGGAUACCUUGCGCAAGGACACAUGGUGAUGGGCCAAGAGGAACGCAAGAACAAGGCGAAGCUUGAGAAGACACAGAUUCAACUGGCCUCGAAUAGCAACGAAUACGAAGCUGCUAUCAAGACGCUUGAGGAGACCACUGGGCGUUGGAACAAGGAAUGGAAGGCUGCUUGUGACAAAUUCCAAGACUUGGAAGAAGAGCGUCUCGACUUUACAAAGAGCAGCCUAUGGACGUACGCCAACAUUGCCUCUACCGUUUGCGUGAGCGACGAUGCAUCCUGCGAAAAGAUCCGUUUGUCUCUGGAGAAUUGUGAGGUUGAAAAGGACAUUGUCUUCUUCAUCAAAGAACGAGGAACCGGCCAGGAAAUUCCGGAUGCUCCUCGGUUUAUCAACUUCUGCAAGGAGGAUGAUGAUAUGUCGGAUAUCGAAGAUGGGGAAGGCUAUUCAGUCGCCCAGUUCCAGCGAGCUAUGAAUCCAGCUUUCCGCACGUCGUCGCCUCAACCAUCCACUUUCGAGUCCCAUCAUGACCCGGAUUCUGAACUCGCUGCACAAAUGGGCCACCCGGCCCCGGCUCCAGCGCCAGCUCCAACCCAAGCCCCAAUUCAGGCUCCAAUUCAGGCCCCCGUUCAAGCUCCGAUUCAAGCUCCGAUUCAAGCUCCCGCUCCAGCUCCCGUUCCGGCACCAGCUCCCAUUGCCCAGCCACCAGCCCCACUGGACCUUCGCCGAGGUGGCUAUUUGCCGCCGAACUACGACCCUCAGCAGCAUGGCGAGAUCAAUGCAAUUCCUCACAAUGCUUACCCGACCGAUGGCAUGACAAUGUUCUGCCGCACUGGGCCACCUUCGGAACGCAGCUCGGCCAGUGCAUACCGCCCCUCUAGCCGGGAUUCUCAAAGCGAAGUCUCAAACCCUACUUCCAUGUCAAGCGUCGAGGCUCCUAUCACAACCCACAAGUCUCCACCCAAGCCGACCAACAGUGCACCCCUCCCGAGUCAAAGUGAGGACAAGUCUGUUCAAAAGAAGAAGAGUGCCUUCUUUAGCAACAGUCCCUUCCGUCGCAAGAGCCGUCAUGACAAGGAGAGACCGGUGAUUGGUGGUCAAUCUUCCUCUCGUAGCAGCCCUUGGGGCUCUCCCACGAAGCCGGCUAGCCCUACCAAGCCUGCUCCCCAAGCUCAGCCUGAACGCCAUAGUCCUGAGCCCGUCGAUCCUCGCGCCAACUUCCAGCUCAAUGUUGGCAACAAUGUCUUUGACGUUGCUUCACCUGACAAGAAUGCUAAGGCCGGAGCCCAGCAAGCUAAGGCUGCCGAAGACAAUGUGGAUCCCAUUGCCCGUGCUUUAGCAGAUUUGAAGACCGGUGGAAAGCAGUCCACUCUGCGUGUCUCAGCGGAUAGAUACCACGGUAUCCAGACACCAAACCCAUCGGCCCCGUCGUCUACCUAUGGUGGUAGCUCUUCCGGUGCUCCUCCUGCGUACAAUGAUCCUUCUGUGAAGAGACUUGACGCCCCGGAGCCGGCUUUCACGAAAAAACAGAUGCAAAAAACUACUCAGCGAUACACUGGACAGACUCAAAGCAUGCUACGAGGCGGUGCCAACAGUCCAAGCAUGGCGCCUGCACCCAGGACUGAGGUCCCUCGCGCACGAUCCCCGGCCCCGUCCACUCGCCGCAGUGCCAGCCCUCAGGUGUCUUCUCCCCGAGUUGAUACUCGCAUGGCUGCCCAAUACAGUGGAUCUGCAAGCCCUGCGCAAAGUCCAGCUGCAUACCAGUCUAGCAGUAUGCGCAGCCGUUACACCCAAUCCCCUACGCCCAGUCGCGCACAAGACCCCCCAUACUCGCCUAACGAUUAUGCUCGACGGGCCUCCCCAGCUGUAUCAACUCGUGCAGUUUCUCCUCAGCCCCAGUUUAGGCAACAGGUCCGUCCUUCCAGCGCUGGGGGUAUGGAGCUGCAGCUUUCUAGCGGUCCAGUUGAAAUGUACGGCGCGGGCUCUCGCGAUGGUUAUGGCUCGGCUACUCGUCGCGGCGAUGGCCGACCUAUGUCUCAGUACGGUGACAGUAGCAAUACUCCGCCUCCAGUGGGCCGCUCUCGAAGCCGCACUCUUGCUGUUGCUGAACCCGGAAGAAAGUUCAGUCGCGAUGGACGUCCCAUCCUUCAUUUCGCUCGUGCUAUGUACAGUUACACUGCCGCCAUCCCCGAGGAACUCGGUUUCGGUAAGGGUGAUGUCCUUGCUGUCAUCCGCCUUCAAGACGACGGAUGGUGGGAAGCCGAAGUCACCAACGCCCGAGGCCACCCAGGCCUGGUGCCGAGCAACUACCUGCAGAUCAUCUAG